AUGACAGAAGUGACCUACGCGAAUGACACGCGCGUGACGGGCUACGAGCCGCUCAUGUCGCCAUCCCUGUUGAUGCAUGAAUUGCCUGUGAGCGAAAAGGCGAAGGCGACAAUCGCCCGUGGCCGCGAUGAGGCUGCACGUGUGAUUCGUGGCGAAGACGAUCGUCUGCUGGUCAUUGUUGGCCCAUGCUCUAUCCACGACGUUGACCAGGCGAAAGAGUAUGCGCGCCGCCUGCACGAGGCAUACGAGCAGCGCUGGAAAGACGGCCUUGUCGUCGUAAUGCGUGCAUACUUUGAAAAGCCACGCACGACGGUCGGCUGGAAAGGUCUGAUCAAUGACCCCGAUCUCGACGGCUCGUACAAAAUCAACCGAGGUCUGCGCAUUGCACGCCAGCUGCUCUUGGAUCUCACGGAGAUCGGCAUCCCUGUCGCUUGUGAAGUGCUCGAUACCAUCUCGCCCCAAUACCUGUCUGACCUGUACUCGUGGGGCGCGAUUGGCGCUCGCACAACCGAGUCACAGCUGCACCGUGAGCUUGUGUCUGGCCUGUCGAUGCCGAUUGGCUUCAAGAACUCGACCGAUGGCGGUAUUGGUGUGGCUGUCGAUGCAAUCCGUGCAUCAAGCCAGCCUCAUGCAUUCAUGGGUGUCACGGACCAGGGCAUGGCAGCCAUCGUCAAGACGGCCGGUAACCAGGACUUGCAUAUCAUUCACCGCGGCGGCAAGCGCGGCACAAACUAUGAUGCAGAGAGUGUGGCGACCAGUAAGGCGGAGCUGCUCAAAGCUCUAUCUGACAAGCAUCCCAGCAUCAUGAUCGACGUUAGUCACGGCAACAGCAACAAGGACUACCGAAACCAACCAAAGGGCUCGGCUGACAUAGCCGCGCAGAUCGAGCAAGGCCAGGACGCCAUCACAGGCAUCAUGAUCGAAUCACAUAUCCAUGAGGGCAAGCAGAGCGAGCCAAAAAACGGCAGCACACGCGCCGAUCUUGCCUAUGGUGUUUCGAUCACAGACGGUUGUGUAAGCUUUGAAACGACCGUCGACAUGCUUGAUCAACUGUAUGCCGCCGUCCUCAAGCGUCGCCAGCAGAAGCAGCAGAAGCAGGAGUGA